AUGGACCGCACACACGACCAGAACGACCCUGAGAAAGCCGUCCCAGAGCUGGAUCUCGAAGGCGAGACUCCACGGGGCCGCCAGAGUGCCGCCGAUUCUGUGGUUGGAGACAAGCCAGUCGACGUCGCAAAACCGCACGACGACGGUCCUCCAGAUGGCGGUACCACAGCGUGGUUGGUGCUUCUAGGAUCGUGGUGCUGCUCCUUCUCGAGCCCUGGCUGGAUCAAUAGCGUGGGCAGUUUUCAGCAAUACUACGAGACAGGACCUCUGAAAGACUACUCCAGCAGCACUAUUGGCUGGAUCCUGUCCCUUCAAAUCUUCUUCCUCUUCGCCUUGGGACCCUUCGUGGGAAUUCUGUUCGACAACUACGGACCGAGACCGCUUAUAAUCGUUGGGACGCUCUUUCACGUCUUUGGACUGAUGAUGGCAUCGUUGGCAAAGUCUUAUUAUCAAUUCAUCUUGGCCCAAGGAGUGUGCAGUGCCAUCGGAGUAGCAUGCCUCUACUCGCCUGCUCUUAUGUGUCUUACAACCUGGUUCAACAAGAAGCGUGGAGCAGCGAUGGGUGUUAUGGUCUCUGGCUCGUCCCUUGGGGGUGUUGUCUUUCCCAUUAUGAUUGCGCGCAUGGUUCCUAGGAACGGCUAUCCCUGGACAAUGAGAACUGCGGCCUUCAUCAUUCUCGGUUUACAAAUCAUUGCGAUUUUUACAGUCAAGCCGAGAACCAAGCCGGUUCCGAAGAAAAUGCCCAUGGGACGAUUGGCGGCGCCCUUCACAGAGUUUCCAUAUGUGAUGAUGCUCAUUGGAUUUUUCCUCUUGACUUUCGGAAUCUUCAUCCCCAUCACCUAUCUGGCGGUGCAGGGCUUUCAGGAGGCACAUAUGUCGGAGGAGAUGUCGCAAUAUAUUGUGGCCAUUUUCAACGCCUCAAGUCUCUUCGGCCGCCUCGUCGCUGGCGUAAUUGCUGAUAAGAUUGGAAGAUGGAACGUCUUCAUCAUCUUCUGCGGUCUUUCUGGCAUUGCCGAAUUCGCCGUCUGGAUCCCUGCCACAACCUCUUCCGUGGUGAUUGGCUUUGCCAUCAUGUUUGGCUUCGUGUCAGGAGCGUUCAUAAGUCUGUUGGGAGCCCUGCCCGCCUCGGUGUCCCCAUUGCCCGAAAUCGGCUACCGAAUGGGUGUUGUCUUCUUCGCGAUCUCGAUCCCUGCCCUAGUCAUGGCGCCUAUCGGUGGUGCUAUCUUGCAGAAUGGAUCCAACGGCUGGCUGGACGUAAAAAUCUUUGGUGGUGUCACUGCUAUUGCAGGUACGGCAAUCAUUUUGGUCUCGAGGUUGAUGUAUACCGACAAGAAGCUUCUCAAAGUAUUUUAA